ACCACCGACUGGGCUUCCAAAAGCUCUUCAAGAGUGCCUCGGACGAGCGCUUCGAGCAGGCCGUGUCGAUGAUCAAGUACGUGGUCAAGCGCGGAGGCACCAUGCACCAAGCUCUCAAUGUUAAGCUGCCGACGACUGGCCUGUACAACCCGCUGCCGCUGCCCUCCCUCGGCCUGGCCCUGACCGACGCCAAGGACAUGUACGAGGAGCAGGCGCGCCUGCACCGCGGCGCCCUCUGCCUGACGGCCACCGCCGGCGGCAUUGCUGAAGCCGGCUGCGCGCUCGACGCCGAUCUGGCUCACCAGGCUCAGGACGCCCUCGAGUCCGAGGUGGAGAGGGUCAGUGGCCUGGCGAGCAAGGCCAACCUUCUGGCGUCCAUGUUCACCAGCGGCGAGCACAGCCUGGCCGAGCACCUGUUCGACCAGCAACUGCUGAAAUAGUGCCACAGGUGGCAGCACCGUGAGCAAUACGGACACCCGGUGCCAGCGCAGUCGGUAGUAAUCACGGACAGAAGGUGGCGCCGUGAGACAGAAGGUGGCGCGCCGAUGCCGGGCGCUUUUGUAAUUGUGGCACGCACGUCUCUGCGCUAUGUACAGAGUGAAGGAGAGUCAAUACAUCUAGUGCACUUACCGG